AAAGAGGUGGAGGCGAACAGGGACGCUAGAUAAGCCAGGCAACACCCAUAGUGCCUUACAAAGCUUUCCUCUAGAGUCCGGGAGAGAGUUGGUGUUAACAUGCAGCUAGGAAGUUUGAGGCUUUGUGCGUGUGCAGUGUGGAGCUGUGCCUCUAACAGGGCGCGUCUUCCGUCGGGCGGCUCCGAGCGAUGGUAAGCCAACUCGGGCUUGUGUUUGAGGAAGCAGCCCUCGCCGAGAAUGCGAGUCUGGAUGUAGCUGAUUGGAGUAGCAGAGUUGGUGGUGAUCGCCCAGCGGAGGAGGGGGAGGAGGGGAUAUUCUGAAGUGGGCUUUUUUUCCCUGUGUGUGACUCUCCAGCGGCCAUGUUAACCAAGAAACCCUGCGCUGCUGUCUACCCAACUGGCAAAGGGGGUGAAAUUUGCCAGCCGCAGUCUUCCCCCGGCAUCAGCGUCGGGGCUCUCCGGGCAGGGACUGAGCCGGCAUCGCCCGUCACAUUACCGCCUCUCAGGAACACCAACUCGCUCACGGUUGGAGGCAAUAAGCACGCAAUGAACGACCAUCUGCAUGUCGGGAACCACCAGCAGAUACAUGUUCAACAGCUGUUUGAGGAAAACAGCAAUAAGCGGACAGUGUUGACUACACAGCCGAAUGGGUUGACGCCAGUCAGCCGAGCAGGUUUGGCCCUGCCGGAACGACAACAAGAAAGCAGCCAGUGUCGGCAGGGCAGUUCCACCUCCAUCAAAUCAACGGACAGCAAGCCCAAGCCAGCCCCAUUGACUCCUGAGCAGGCCAUGAAGCAGUACCUGUCCAAGCUUACAACAUUUGAGCAUCAGGAGGUCUUCAGCUACCCUGAAAUCUACUUUGUAGGCCCAAAUGCAAAGAAACGGCCAGGUGUAGUCGGGGGUUCCAACAACGGAGGUUAUGAUGAUGAUCAGGGCUCCUAUAUCCAUGUACCCCAUGACCAUAUAGCCUACAGGUAUGAGGUAUUAAAGGUCAUUGGUAAGGGCAGUUUUGGACAGGUGGUGAAGGCCUAUGACCACAAGGCCCACCAGCAUGUGGCCUUAAAAAUGGUACGUAACGAGAAGCGGUUUCACCGCCAAGCAGCUGAGGAGAUUCGGAUCUUGGAGCACUUGCGCAAGCAGGACAAAGACUCUACCAUGAAUGUCAUCCACAUGCUGGAGAACUUUACAUUCCGCAAUCACAUCUGCAUGACAUUCGAGCUACUCAGCAUGAACCUCUAUGAGCUCAUCAAGAAGAACAAGUUUCAGGGCUUCAGCUUGCCGCUGGUGCGCAAGUUUGCGCACUCCAUCCUGCAGUGUCUGGACUUCCUGCACAAAAACAGGAUCAUUCAUUGCGACCUCAAACCUGAGAAUAUCCUCCUGAAACAGCAGGGACGCAGCGGAAUUAAAGUGAUCGACUUUGGUUCCAGCUGCUACGAGCACCAGCGAGUCUACACCUACAUCCAGUCACGCUUCUAUAGGGCCCCAGAGGUCAUUCUGGGUUCUCGGUAUGGGAUGCCAAUUGAUAUGUGGAGCCUGGGUUGUAUCUUAGCGGAAUUACUCACAGGGUACCCUCUCUUGCCUGGGGAAGACGAAGGGGACCAACUAGCAUGUGUCAUAGAGCUACUGGGCAUGCCCUCCCAGAAGCUGUUGGAUUCCUCUAAGAGAGCCAAAAAUUUUAUCAGCUCAAAGGGAUAUCCACGUUACUGCACAGUUACGUCUUUGCCUGAUGGCACAGUGGCGUUAAACGGUGGACGGUCACGCAGGGGCAAGCUUCGAGGUCCGCCAGGAAGCAAGGAUUGGGUAACAGCGCUCAAGGGCUGCGAUGACCCCCUCUUUCUGGACUUCCUCAAGCAGUGUCUGGAGUGGGACCCAGCUCUGCGCAUGACCCCUAGUCAGGCCCUCCGCCACCCAUGGCUAAGAAGACGCUUGCCAAAACCUCCCACUGGGGAGAAAACGACCGUAAAGCGGAUCACUGAGGGCACAGGUGCUAUAACAUCUAUCUCCAAAUUACCUCCCACAUCAGGCUCAGCCUCAAAAUUAAGGACUAACCUGGCACAAAUUACCGAUGCCAAUGGGAAUAUACAGCAGAGGACAGUGUUGCCAAAAUUAGUCAGCUGAAUGCGAAAAGAUUUUAGGUUUUAAUUUCUUUAAAUGGUGAUAUAAUUGUGGAAAGCUGAGAAUUCAUGAGUGUAAGGGUUUUUAGGAAAACAGAGUCUUUAAUGCAUAUUCACCAUUUAUUUUCAGCUUUGUAGCACCUUUUUUUUGUUUAAAACACUUUUAUAGAAAUACUAAAAUGGCCAAGAAAGAGGGAACAAUACUUUUAAGUUUUUAUCUCAGGACUGUGUGGAAUGCUGCACCCAUAGGGCAUUCAUACAAUCUGGUCUAUUACUAAUGAAGUCCUAAUCAGUUUCCUUACCUAUGUCUUGUAGAUCUUGUAGCACAAAAGGCGAACAGACUUUCAAAAAUGAAGUUAAUUUGGGUUUGAUGCGUACACUAGCUUUUAGUUCCUACCUCUAUAAUCUAUCAGAUCAAUAGUGCAUUAAUGGAAGAGGAUUUAAAAUGUUUUACUAAAAGCUAUGCUAUCUGCAGUUGUGUAGCAUUUAAAGCUAUUUUUUUCAGUUGUCGGUAUCAUGAAUAAAAGGGUAGGAUGAGAUGUCGCUUGAAGACCUUGAGAGGAGAAUUGAAAUUCAUAACGGAAAAGUGAAUGUUUGAGACUGUUAUGAGGCAGAAGGGAGAAAAACAAUGUUUACAUGAUAGACUUGGUAUGUGCCUAAAAAUCUCUUGACAUUCCUUAUAAAAUUGAAAUGAGGAAAAGAGAGACUUCAGGAUGGUCUACCUUUCCAAAAUUGACUGAUGGCAAGAAAGAAGGAGUUUAUGUGGUUUGACUGAGGAAAGUGCUGUUGGCAGUAACUGACUGGCUCAUCUGUAUAUAACUAUAAGCUAUACUCUGGAAGAGCUGCUGUGAUCACGUUGUUGUACUGUCUAGGAAAAAAUCUUUGGUGCUUUACCUUUUUUAUUUAAAAGGUAUUUUUUACUAUUUUAAUGCCUAUGCUCAUGGAACAAAAUGAUGUCGUGAAACUAAUCCUAGUAAGUGAAAAGUAGUUACAGCAAUAGGGUUGAAGAUCUUUUGAAUCACUUACUCUCCCUUCUAAAGACUGCGGGUUUGCAGUGAGUUAGAAAGGUAUGUGCUAAUCACUUAUUGACAGGCGGUUUACUUGAAUCUGAGCCAGUAUUAACACUAUCAUGGAAAGACUAUGGCACAGAGGGGCACUUCAAGCGAGGGUUGGAGUCGUCUCAUCCGAUUGUCAUGUGUAAUCAGAGCUCACCCUCUGCAAUUCAUAUCACUUUUUCUGUAUUUAACUUCCUAACGUGGACUCACUAGUAUGCGGCCAGAGUUUAAAUUCUUAAAAGCUUGUUCCCUUCUUGAAACUACAUCACGCUUUUACCCAAACCUAGAAAAAAAAGAUUUAGAAAUGGAUAUUUCACUAGACGCCAUUUUUUGUAGCAUUUUUUGAAAUAGUAUGGUAAAAAGAAAAUUAACUGACGUGGGUCUGAAAGCUUUGUAAAAGUUUAACUUAUUUAUUUCUUGUUAUUGUUUCUCAAAGAAGAGCUAAUAUAAACAGAAACAGUGGCCUGAAUGUGUGCUGUUGGCUUGAUAUCAGUGGAGUGACUUAUGAUGUAAUGCACAAGAAUUCUGUCUGCUACUACUUCAAGACUCUGCUCAAAGGAAGAAAAAAAAAGCAUUCGUGCUUUGCUCUCGACCAGUUGCGGAUGUGGGAGGUGGGGAAAGAAAGGGGUUGGACAAUGGGCUUCUAAGUGGAAAAGCAACGCUGUGGCACUCACAUGGGUCUUGAGCCCCCCUGCUACUGGUUGGCAUGGUACAUGGCUUGCUGCACCCUGCCCAGACCCCUUUGGACACCCACCGUACAUUUGCAAAUGCACAGUAACCUGCCAACGUCUGCAGGCCGUUCACAUUGUACUUUAUACGUUUUUUGCUGUUUUUUGUGGAUUAACAGUGGUGGGGAGUAAUUGUGCCCUUAGGUUUUAAUACAAUGUGCCUUUGGUUAUCAAUGCCAUUCAUUUUUUUUCAUCCCAACAAUGAUCCCCCCCCAACCCAUUCACUUCCUCAUAGCUAUAAAGAAAUCUAAGGAAUUAUAAAGAUCCUCUUUAUAUUGGUGAUCCUCUUGCACUUGUCCGAGCAUUGCCCAAAGAUCCUCUUGGAAUCCAUGCAGUGGAUUUUAUGAGGAAUGUGGCCGCACAAUUGAGAGGUUUUAUAUGCAGUUUAGACACGCAGAAUUUCUAUCCCAUGAUUUGAGAGAAGAACCAAGACCCUUUGCCAACAGGGAUCUCUCACCUAGUGAAAGCUACGCUCUUAAUGAGAGAGAAAUGGGUCUUUUCUACUGCAUCCAUCUUGUCUUAACAUCAAUUUCAAAGGGUUACAUUUUAUUACUCUAGAAAGAACACAUUUUACUAUUUUACCUCAGACUGUUGUGAUAUUCUUGUAAUUUAUUAACCCAGGGCAUUUGGUAUAUACCAAAGUGCAUUCUACGUUGUGGCUGGGGAAAAAAAGCCAGAGUUUCUCCAUUUAGUCGAGGAAGAGGCUCUUAAGCCACUUUUGCCACUCAAGGGCCAUAUCUGGAGAAUGCUUAUCUUCAGUCAAGAAGGAAAGGUAGGAGAUGGAGCCUUGAGGCCCACCACCUUUUAAAAUGUCUGAAUGAUGUAGCAUACCUCCAAACGUCUGUUAUUUGACAUGGUUGGAUGUAUCUUUAGCGCAGUGAACACUGCCGCCCCAAAAAUCCACAGCGAGUCAAUAGUCAGCCUAGUGUGCAAUACUGUGGUAGCGUCUUUGGGGCCGAUCGAACCAACUGGCUGAGUGUUAUGUUUUGAAAGGAUGUACCUUUUUUUGCUACUUUUUGUUGAAAACGUUAUCCAAGGAUCUUGAAUCUAGCUACCCACUGUCAAUUGAAGUCAGUCCUUUUUUUAACAAAGAAUCUUUAAAUAAGGAAGCAAAGUUGACACUAUGACAUUUAUAUUCAACCAUAGAAACAUACUGUACAUAUGUGAAAUUUACUAAGAAUUCAAUGUGGACGUGUACAUAUGUAUAAUGUUUUCCUUUUUGUGAAAUGCUGCUGAUAACACUACGUCACCUCUGUAGUGGAUUUUAAUCUUGGCGGCCAGUUUUAUGAUACUGUAUGUAUUGUACAGCUGAUGGAAGUAAACUUUUUUUUUCUAGUGA